AUGGCAAGACCACGCGUGCGAGCUUCACUGAGAGUGUUUGCCUUGAUCGCCCUCUCCGCGACUAUCAUGCUUUGCAACCACCAAUCUGGUCGUCCGUCCCCAAUCACCCCAGCUCACGCAAUUCAAGUCGACCUGGCGAAAACAAAGUUACCUCUAUCUCCGUGGGAGCAGGCUCGCGCGACAAUCAACCUCGCGAGAUCCAAGCUACCCAAGUUACCACGAUCGUCGCCGUACGAGCGCGAGUGGGCGAAAUAUCGCCAGCGCGACGGGCUGCUGUCGCUGGACUAUGUGAAAUCGCUGGCGCGGACGAGUGCAGCCAAAAAGAAGAGUGGUAGCAGCGACGUCUUUAAAGUCGUUUUUGUAAGGCUUUGGCUGAUUCCUCCCUUUUCCCCGUUCGCCUCCUCCCAUCCCCAUCCUCCAGUGUUCCGACACGCCCACGCCCCCUGCUCAAGAGGGAAAUCUCUUCACCAACCCCAGCAUAGAGAACGGCACCAUGGGCUGGCAGGGCUUUGGGUGACACUUCCCCUUCCUUGGCUCACUCCCCUCUUUUUUUCCUCCUUCCAGUGUUCCGACACGCCCACGCCCCCCGCCCAAGAGGGUAAUCUCUUCACCAACCCCAGCAUGGAGAACGGCACCAUGGGCUGGCAGGGCUUUGGGUACGCGCCGAUUAAAGCCGUGGUCAACGCAACAGCGCCAACGCCCUACUCGUACCUGGUGGCGUACAACCGCUCGUACACUUAUGCGGGGCCCAAGCAGAGCGUGAGGGAUGUGGCUGCGGCGGUGUAUGAGCUGGCGAUCUGGGUGAAGCUGGAUGCGGGCGACAGGCAGUAUCACAAGGUACAGCCCUACUCGUACCUGGUGGCACACAAUCGCUCGUACACGUAUGCGGGGCCCAAGCAGAGCGUGAAGGACGUGCCUGCGGCGGCUUAUGAGCUGGCUAUCUGGGUGAAGCUGGAUGCGGGCAGCACGUCACUGCAUCGGCUAAGAUCAACAACAAGUGAGUUUGUCCCAGGUGCAGCAGCGCAGCUUACCGUUUUCGAGUCGACUCAGAAGCAAUCAACAACAAGUGAGUUUGGUACAGGUGCCGCAGCGCAGGUUACUGUCGGGGAUACGCACAAGGUACAGUUCUUUUCGUACCUGGUGGCUUACAAUCGGUCGUACACAUAUUUGGGGCUAGAGCGCAUGGCAGCAGCGGCAAAUGAGCUGGCUGUGUGGGUGAGAGUGGACGUUUGGUAUCUCUGCAUCGGAGGGGCAAACGCUCGGUCCACGUGCUGGACGAAAUUAACAGGGGGAUUUACCCUGCACGAGCCGGCCGCUGAGGUGGCAGUGUAUGUGCAGGGCGCAGCGGUGGGGUCCGAGAUCUGGGUGACGUCAGCGUCGCUUCUGAAAGUGGAUAUGGGCAUGUGGCGGAGCCGACAGAAUGAGAACAUCAAGAAGUACCGCAUGCGGCCUGUGCGGCUGUCAAUUCAAGGUCUGGGGCUCGGCCUGGUUCCGGCACGCGUGCAGAUCGACCAGGUCUCUUCAGAUUUCCCCUUUGGCGCCAAUGUGAACGGCGCAAUUCUAUAUGACACGGCUUACCAAGAGAUCGACCAGGUUUCUUCGGACUUCCUCUUUGGCACCAAUGUGAAUGGCACGAUUCUCCACGACACGGCUUACCAAGAGGGUCACUCCUUUCCAACCCCUUUCCACCCGUCCCCAUCCCUUUCAGUGGUUCUUGAGUCGAUUCAACUGGGCAGUGUUCAACAACGGGGGCAAGUGUCCCUGCUCUUUUCUAGCUGGGUGGUGCUUCAAUCACCUGGUUCCCUCCCAUCCCUCCAGUGGUUCUUGAACAGGUUCAACUGGGCAGUGUUCAAUAACGAGGGCAAGUGGUAUUUCAACGAGCGGAGGGAGGGAGCGGAGGACUACAUUGUGACUGACGCGCUGGUGGAGUGGUUCACUCCUUUCAAUCCCCUUUCCACCCCUUUGUACCCCCUUCCACCUGCCUCCACUCCCGUCCAACCCCUCUUAUCCCUGGUUCACUCCUUUCAACCCCCUUUCCACCCCUUUCCACCCCCUUCCAACCCCGUCCACUUCCUUCCACCCCAGUGGUUUCUAAACAGGUUCAACUGGGCGGUAUUCAACAACGAGGGCAAGUGGUACUUCAACGAGAGGCGGGAGGGAGUGGAGGAUUAUAAUGUGACGGACGCGCUGGUUGAUUGGUUCACGCAGAGGAACGUGAGCGUGCGCGGGCACAACAUAUUCUGGGCCGUGGAGAAGUUUGUUCAAACAUGGGUCAAGAACCUUAACGACACUGCCUUAUGGGCGGCCAUGCAAAGGCGCAUGAACAGUGCUGUCACCCGGUACACGGGCAAGGUUCAGCACUGGGAUGUGAUCAACGAGCCUCUGCAUGGCAACUACUACGGGCAGCGCCUGGGCGAGGACAUUCACUCGUGGAUGUUCAAGGCAGCAAGGGCGAUUGACCCCAACGUGCGGCUGUUUCUGAAUGAUUAUAACACGGUGGAGCAGUGCGAUCGAGGGGCGAACCCAGAGAUAUACCUUGAGAAGGUGUGGAAUCUCAACGCAACAGGGGCACCAGUGACAGGCAUAGGCGUGGAGGCGCAUUACAGUGGAGAGCCGCAGCUGGUGCGGUUGAAGCACGAUCUGAACCGGCUAGCAGUGGCAGGAAUGCCCAUCUGGCUGACGGAGCUCGAUUUCACCCAAGUGCAAUCGGAGCAGCAGAGAGCCGACUACCUCGAGGCGGUGAUGCGAGAGGCGUUUGCGCAUCCCUCGGUGGCUGGAAUUGUGCUGUGGUCAGCUGGGAGAUCAACGUGCACGUACUAUAAAGACAUGGAUCCGGGCAUGUGCAAUCCGUGUGAUGCUUGCUUGGCGAAUGACAAGUUUGUCGACAACUUGGCAGGACAGAGGUAUGUGCGCUUGCGGAAGGAGUGGAGCACACACCUUGUAAAACAGGUCACUUUUGGAAGCCCGAUCAAGUUUAGAGGGUUUCAUGGCAAGUAUCGCGCGCGCAUCACGGUUAAUGGGAAGCUAAUAGAGAGGUACUUCUAUGUUCCCAAACAAACAGUUGGGCUCAAUGUGGAUAUUAAGAUAUAA